AUGCCUUCGAGAAUACAAACCAGACCGGAAAUGGGACGCACGCGUAAUGUAGUCACCCCUAAAAGUGGUGUAGUUCAAUUUAGAACUGGUGCAGUUGAUUCUAAAAGGGUUGCAAGUACCAAUAAGAAAGAUACUCGAGUUGCUAAACAUCCUGGUAUUUCUAAAACUUCUAGAAGGAAUAAAAUAAUAGAAAAAAAACAAAUUAGUGCAAGAAAUAGAAAGCAAGAUAAGUUUCGCGUAAAGACAUGGUUGGAAACACCAGCUGAUUGGGCUCGGUUCGAUGCUUGGGCAAAAAUGAAUGCACAACCACGAAAAUAUCCAGAACCAGAACCUAUAAUACGACCAUCAAAAUCGUUGCAUUUAUUGAAAAAAAGGAUCAACCUAUUAAGCAAAUUUUCAAAACGUGGCGAUAUGAGUAAACACUGUAAACCGAGUGAAACGAAAGUAUCAAGAGCAGCUUUGCUAGCAAUAAUAACAAAUCGACUUUUGAAAUUGUCCAUACCGAAUUUACGCAUGUGCGAUUAUGGUCGUGAAUUGCCCAUUAAAAUACGCAAAGCCACACUAUACUAUAUUCCAACUGAAAGGAUAAAUCGUCUGAGUCAGCCUAGAAUUGUCGAACGUGAAGAAUGUAAAUCUGUGGAUGUACCAACAGAUACGAAAGAUAAACGUUCCGAGAAAAAAAGAUUAUUGGAGUUAACGAAAAAAUUGGCGGAUUGUCCCGAAGGUUUGACUGAUCAAGAAAGAAAUGAAUUGUUCACUGCUACUGGGAUUAAAAGAAGUGCAUUAGAGUACAAGAUUACUGCAUGGACGAAAAUUCUGGCUUUGCCAGCGUACACGAUGUUAAAACCUAGAUACGAUAAAAAUGCUAAGAAAUGGAAGAAAAUAUUAUUAGAAAAUUUCGAGAUAAGAGGUAAAAAGGCUUUAGAGGAACAACAAAGAAGAAUGAAAGGAAGGAAAAGGAAGAAAAAAGAUACACAGGCAGAAAAAGGUGAAGGAGACGAGAUAAAAACACUCGACGAGGAAGGAAAAACUUUAGAAGAUGAAAAGAAGAAAAAGGAAAAGAAAAAUGAAAUUGAAAAAAAGCUGAGAGAACGAGCUAAACACGCUUGGAGAUACGCACCUUUGCCCUAUAAAACAUAUAGGGAUGCAUUUGAUGUUAAACAAUCUGCCUUAAAUGUUGAAGCUUCACCGAGAACAAUUGAGUUAGCCAAAUCGAAAAUUCGCAAAGAUUUAACGAUGAAAAAGGAACCAUUUGCAGUAAAAAAGAGUGCACUGAGUGCUACCAGUACAGGUAGAAUCAACGAAUUAGCUUUACCGAAUCAACCUAAGGAUCCUGUCGAAAAACCACCCCCUCGUAAGAAAAAUAAAUACGGUCAACCGAUUUAUCCAAAACCGAAAUACGGUAAAAUUUUGCCGAAAACGAAACCGUAUAAAAUGGGAGAGUGUCCAAAAGAAGAGAAUAAAAAGGAAACGAAAAAGAAAAAAGAAAAGCCAAUCGAUCCUAUCGUUUAUCAACCAACUAUUGAUCCCUGCAUCGAUCUUAAAAUGGCGAGAAAACAAACGAGAGAGAGAAAGAGGGCUGAAGAAAUAUUUAAAAUGAAACGUCAGCAAAGAAUAACCGAGCAAGAAGAAGAGAACAAAGUUGAAAAUGAAGAAGUUGAAAAGGAAGAGAAUUAAAUAUCUAUUUUGAAGAUAAUUCUAUUUAUGUCCUAUUUUACAACGGUUCCGAACCAGAAAAAUUCCACUGAUCCGAACGAUCAAUUGCAAUUUGGAUAAAUUUCAUGCAAACUAGUGAAUCAAUUCCGAGAACAAUGAUAAAUAGUUAAACAUCAAUUUAAAUUCUAUUAUGAAGCAGAGUGUUUUUUCCUGAAAUAAUGGUAUU